UCUCAAACAAACUCUCAUCUUAUUAUUCUUCUACUCUCAUCUUAUUCAGGGUUCUUGUUUAAAACAACACACCAUGGCGUCUACAACACCAACCCACACGUUGCUCACUGGCAAACGUCUCGUCUCUGCCCUAGACACAAUGGACUAUCAUCACAAGCUCCUGGAACAGAUCUUCACUACCGAAGAUGAUCCAACCCAAGUUCUCAGAGAAGAGUUCGCCGAACUCUGCGAGACACUUCGUCAAACUGUGUCCCCGGAAGUUGAGAAGCUCUUCAUAGCGUCACCAUCAAACAAAAACAACCUGCGCUAUGACUACCAGACUAGAUGCCGAGUCUGGGAUAGCAUCUACAGGCGAAUCUACGCUCCUAUCGGCAACCCUUUCCGAUUCUCCCACAUCAGCUCACACAGACACGUGCGCCUCGAUGACCGCGUACAAAACCACUUGAGCGAAGACCUCCAAAAAACUCUACCACUAAACAUGGAUCCGUAUGGCUAUAACCCCCUAAAGAAACUUCAAGGGGGCGCACCAAACCGCGGCCCACGUCCAUCAACAACAACAACGGCAGCAGCUGGCAACGUCAUCCGUGGAAACUACGUCCACGAUGACAUUAUCUAUUCUCCUACAGCCCAAGCCACGACACGCGCAAGAACGCCCACGUCAGAAGUCUAUCAAACUUUAUCUCUAGGCGAACUUCGCCGCCCGAUCAAGAUCAGCAAUUCGCCCCGAAUACCGCAUGGGGACCGGCAACCAACAGAAAAGCCACAAAACCCAAAAACAUCCACAAAAUCCAAAAAGUCUCUCUCUCCUAAACAACCUCAAACUUUCAAGAAACCUAAAUCUUCUACCGAGUCUCCAAGAACUCCAAAAGACAAGAUUAUUGCGACCUAUGCGGGACACGUCGAGGGCGAAUCAAGCAAAUCUAACCCCUCUAUUUCUAACACGACCGAUGACUCUGACUGGGACGACGCCACUGUCGUGUGCUCUCACAGAUACCACUGCCAACUAUGCCGCAAAUACCAGCGCUUAAACGCCAUUGUCGACUCCAUCCGCAUUGAAAAUGCUUCUGGAGCGACCGACGGACCGAACGUCAAGAACACCCAUUUCUUCGCAGCACAACAAGUGAAGGACUACCAAUACAUAUUACGCAUGAUGGAAAGGAAAACAACAGUCGACAAUCCCACCUACGACCCGGCCGACACGCGCCUGUGGUCUUCCAUCGCCGAAAACAUAACGAUGAUGCUGGAGACUCACGAGCGAGACGAAAAACAGGCCGCGUUAUACCUACUAAAUAACUUCCGCCGCACAACCUUUGUGCUGGUGGAGCGUGGCAACGUCUAUGAUGAGAACAACCAUGGUACUCUCACCCAAGAGCUUCCACUUUCGGGUGAUGAACUCGACUUGUCUGGCCCGAUGCUAGACCCUGAGCAAACGGUGAUUGACGAAGCCACCGAUGAGGAGAGGGAUCGCUUCGAAAUUUCGAGACUCCCACUCUAUUAUUUCUUGAACAGCAAUAUUCUUGUCCAGCAUCACUGUCCUUCUCCUUGUCCACCACGUGAAUCGAGGGCGAGCAAGAACCAACAAGAACCUGAAUUAGAACACGAACACGACUCCGGAUUUGAAGACGACGACUCUUUCUGGCUAGAUCCUGAUGAUGACGACUCUUCUUGGAUGGAUUCGGAAGACGACGACUCUUCCUGGAUGGAUUCGGAAGACGUCAAUCUUACACUUUUCGAAAACUACUAAAGCGUUGCACAUAUGUCGCUUAUGAGCCAACAAAUUGAAUGCUCACACGACAUCAAUGCUUUUCAACCGCAAACAGAAAACACGAAAACCCGACAAAAAACAUUGUUUUG